AUGGCACUUAGGCAACUGACAGGAUCAGCCUCAGUUAUACCUUUAUUAAGUGGCUUGGGACAUUGCAUGUCUUACUCAUUCGUAUUAGCUCAUGAAACAGCACUAGCACAGUUGAAUAUAUCUACGGACUCUACUGUUCUUCCCGGUUUUAUUGGUAAUGUACCAACUACACUUGCAUGGAAUGAUGACUUCUCAGAAGAAACUAGAUCUGGAAAGGGAACAACUCAUAUAACUGGAGGAAUUAUCAUUCAGAGGGAUGCUGCUGUAUCUUAUGAGUCGGAGAGAAGAGAGAUUAUUUCCCGAAGGAAUUCAGUAGUAGCACCAUCAAAAGAUAUUUAA